AUGACCAAAAGUUUUUCGUCAUUUUCCAUCAAAGACAUCCUCACCCCGAGGGAUGCCAGUGGGAAGCCGGGCACCCCGGGGCCCGGGGCACGCUGCCGGCAGGAGCGCAGCGCGCGCGCAGGCUGCGAGGAGCGCAUCUUUCCGGACAGACUUAGUCCGGACAUCAGCGUCAAUACCGUCCAGUGUGAGGCCUGGACGCUGCAGACCGCGGGCGAUCCCACCGAAAACAGAGAAGGGGCUGCAGACCGGGACUCGAACCUGUGCGUGGGCCGGAUUAAACAUCAGAAUAGCCAGCUGGACGAAGGGGAGGUCAGAUCCCACCCGGACACCGGGUCAGACGAGGGCCGGUUCGGGGCCGCCGGCCUGAAGAAGCGCUCCAGAGCGGCCUUCUCUCACGCGCAGGUCCACGAGCUGGAGCGCCGCUUCAGCUCCCAGAGGUAUCUGUCCGGGCCCGAGAGGGCCCACCUGGCCGGAGCCCUGAAGCUCACAGAGACGCAGGUGAAAAUCUGGUUCCAGAACCGGAGAUAUAAAACGAAGAGGCGGCAGAUGGCCUCCGAACAGACUGCGCUGAGCUCCCCGAAGACGGUGGCGGUCAAAGUGCUGGUCAGGGACGAGCAGAGGCAUUUCCAGCUGAGGGAUGGAGGAGCUCUCCCCGUGGCCGUGCCCCUGUACCAGGGCUACCAGUGCUUCCCCCAGCUGCACUACUGUUACCCGCCCUGGGGCCUGGACUGCACGUCGUGUGCUGGGAUGCUGUUUGGUGACACAUAGAAUCUCUCUUUCCAGAGAGUCUGGACUAUACCAACCACGAAGGAGUUUUUUUUUUCUGUCAUCUAACUGAUUUAUCUAAAUGAAAAAUCCAUUUUUGAUUCACUCGCAAACACUUCUGCCUAUAAGGACACUCACAGACUAUGAGUGAAGGC